GGGCCCCCGGGUCCCUCCCUCCCGGCGGGCUGGGGCUGGGACCGGGGCCGGGCAAGGCGGGGCCGGCGCGGGGCUCCCUCGGCAGGAGCUGCCCGGCCCGGCAGAGCGGGGAGCGGGGCUGAGCCAUGAGCCGGCUGGACCUGGACACGCACCGCCUGGCGCUGCUGGCCGCCAAGGAGGACAUCGGCAGCCGGCGCGUCUCGGCCGACUGGGCCAUCUUUGCAUAUGGGAAGCACAAUGAGCUGAAGCUCCUGGACUCGGGAGCCGGCGGGGUAGACGAGCUGGCCGGGAAGUUCUCCAGUAGCAGCGUCAUGUACGGCCUCUGCCGUGUCCAGGACCCCAGCUCCGGGCAGCCCCGCAUCAUCCUCAUCAACUGGGUGGGGGAGCAGGUGCCGGAGUCCCACAGACAGACCUGUGCGGGGCAUCUGCCUGCCAUCAAGGCCUUCUUCAAGGAGGCCAGCCUGGUGCUGGGCGCCCGCCGCCCCGAUGAGGUGACGCAGGAGGGGCUGCACCGCGUGCUGUCCCGGCUCACGCCAGCAGGGGGCAGCGCCUCCAGGCGAGCACCAGCCAGUGGCUCUGAGGAACUGGUGGGCACCAACUACAGGAAAACGAACCCCGCCCUGGAGAUCCGCAGGACCAAACGGGAUUCGUUCUGGGCGCAGGCGGAGAGGGAAGAGGAGCAGCGGAAGGAGGAGGAGCGCCGGCGGCUGCUGGAGGAGCGCAAGCGCUGGGAACGCGAGCGCAUGGAGGAGGAGAAGAGAGAGGCGGCUGAGCGGGAGCGCAAGUUCAAGGAGAAGGAGAGGCUGAUCGAGGAGCAGAGGAAGGAGCAGGCGCGGCUGGAGGCCGAGGAGCGGAGGAAGGAGAAAGCCCGAUGGGAGCAGCAGCAGCGGGAGCACGAGGAGGCCAUGCGGGACCGGUUCCGGCGCAGCGAGUCCAUCGAGAAGGCCGUGGAGGCGGCCACGCUGGUCUCCCAGCGCUCACAGAAUCCCCGGGACUUCUUCAGGCAGCGGGAACGCUCCAGCUCCACUUCGGGUGCCCAGUCGCCCCCCUCGCCCCUGGGUGUCAGGCCAGGAGCACCCCACAGGCCUUACCUGCGCUACCAGCGCAGCCUGACGGAGUCUGCCUACAUCUUCCGCCGGCCAGAGCCCCCCACUUCGCCGGGUGACUUCCUCCCGGCCCCCUCCAGCCCUCGCCCCGCUGAAUCCAGCUCCAGCAGGGCUGCUCCUCCUGCCAGUCCACGCAGACCCACACCCCUGCCCCCCACCAGCCCGCCCAGGGCCCAACCCCUGCCCCUCACCAGCCCGCGCAGGACAGGGCCCCUGUCCCCCACCAGCCCGCGCGGGACAGAGCCCCUGCCCCCCACCAGCCUGCUCGGGGCCCAGCCCCUGUCCCCCACCAGCCUGCCCGGGGCCCAGCCCCUGCCCCCCACCAGCCUGCCCAGGGCCCAACCCCUGUCCCCCACCAGCCUGCUCGGGGCCCAGCCCCUGCCCCCCACCAGCCUGCCCGGGGCCCAGCCCCUGCCCCCCACCAGCCCGCGCGGGACAGAGCCCCUGUCCCCCACCAGCCUGCCCGGGGCCCAGCCCCUGUCCCCCACCAGCCCGCCCAGGUGUCUCUGA